AUGUAUUAUGAACUUCUAAACUGGACCCAGGCUGCGGCCCUCCCACCUCCGCCCUGUGUGAAAUGUUCCUCUUAUCGUUUGAACUUUUCUCUUUGCAGGUCCUGGAGCUUUGAAGUUGCGGGUGCAUCUCCCGCUGGACGCGCUCCUCGCGAGGGGUCCAUGCAUUCUAUUUGCACUGUGGAGAUUCAAGUCCCGGAGAUAGAGGAGACGUUUUUCGCGCCGGAGUUCAGCGCAGAGCUUCCUGGUCACCGAGGGGGCGGCGGCGGCGGCGGCGCAGGUGAUGCCUCGCACGAAGGCGGCGGCGGCUGCGCCGAGGAUGCUGCGGGGCCCAGGGAUGUGGAAGCCACAAAGAAGGGCGGCGGGGGCAAGAAGGCGCUGGGCAAGCACGGCAAAGGGGGAGGGGGAGGCGGGGAGUCCGGGAAGAAGAAGAGCAAGUCGGACGCCCGAGCCUCGGUGUUCUCCAACCUGCGGAUCAGGAAGAACCUGUCCAAGGGGAAAGGCGCCGGCGGCUCCCGCGAGGAUGUGCUGGACUCGCAGGCCCUGCAGACUGGGGAGCUGGACAGCGCUCACUCCUUGCGCACCAAGACCCCGGACCUCAGCCUCUCGGCGGACGAGACGGGUCUGUCGGACACCGAGUGUGCGGACCCCUUUGAGGUGACCCGCCCAGGGGGUCCUAGGCCUCCCGAGGCUGGGGCAGGGGUCCAGCCGGUCGCCGAGGACUUGGAAACUGCGGCGGGGGCGCAGGAUGGACAAAGGACCAGCUCGGGCUCGGACACGGACAUCUACAGCUUCCACUCGGCCGCGGAGCAAGAGGAUUUGCUCUCAGACAUCCAGCAGGCGAUCCGCCUGCAGCAGCUGCAGCAGCUCCAGGACGCCCAGGCCGCGGACGGCGACGGGGUGACCCCCGCGCUGGCAGCUAAGGCGUCUGGGGCGCAGGCCCCAGCGGACGGCUUCCAGAACGUGUUCACAGGGCGAACUCUGUUGGAGAAACUGUUCAGCCAGCAAGAGAACGGGCCUCCAGAAGAAGCAGAGAAAUUUUGCUCCCGGAUCCUUGCCAUGGGUCUUCUGCUUCCUUUUAGUGACUGCUUCAGGGAGCCCUGCAGUCAGAGCGUUCAGUCAAGCUCUGCUCCAUUUGAUCAAGAUCAGCUUUACACCUGGGCUGCAGUCAGCCAACCCACACACGCCCUGGAUUACACAGAAGGGCAGUUUCCCCGGCGGGUCCCCUCAGUGUGGCCGGCAUCAAGAUCUCCAGAGGAAGAGCGUGAGCCUAAGGACGCCGAGACAGAAUCUCAAGCUGCUAUUUUGGAAACUCCAAAAAAAACUCCAGAUGCUGUUCAGCAGGAAGCAUUUGAUAUGCAGUCUGAGGGACAGGCGACUGUAAUUCAGCAGCUGGAACAGACCAUUGAGGACCUGAGGACCAAAAUAGCUGAAUUAGAGAAGCAGUAUCCUGUCCUGGACACGGAGGUGGCCGGCAGCCAUCCAGGGGUUGAGGAUGGAGUGACAGCCUCAGAGGACGUCUGUCUGGAAGUUCUCAGAUUAGGACGAAGGGAUGGACAACAUCAAAGGAUUGUAGAGGCAAAAUCAAUACAGACUUCCCCAACAGAGGAGGGCAGGAUUCUGGCGUUUCCAUCUGUGGGUCCUCCGUGCCCACCUGGGGCCGAGAAUGGGAAGUCACCUGCUCCGGCCUCAGCUUCUGGACCUCAGACAAAAUUCUGUUCUGAGAUUUCUUUGAUUGUGUCUUCAAGGAGAAUAUCGGUACAGCUCGAUGCCUAUCAACCCACACAGGGUAUAUCACAGCCUCCAUCUCCUCUGUCCCUUCAGUUGCCUGACGGUCAAGGACUGCCUGGGUCACAGCCCUCCCUCCCUCCUCUCCCCACUGACUCUGAAACCAGCCAUGAACACUCUAUUCUCUCCUACUCUGGAAACAGCUGCAGCAUCCCACACCCGCCGCCUCUGCCUUGCGCAAAGUCCUCUAGCUCCAUGCCUGGCGUGGGCCUGGAGACUCUCCCACCUUCCCUUGAUGUGACAGUGCCUGCUCUGCCCAGUACAACAGUCCCCCCACCUCCUCCUCUGCCAGGUUCUGAAAUGCUGCCACCUCCUCCUCCCCCUUUGCCUGGUGAGGGGCCUGGUGUAGGGGUACCUCCUCCCCCUCCUCCCCCUCCUCCUCCCCUUCCUGGAGUUGGGGUUCCUCCACCUCCUGCAUUGCCAGGUAUGGGUAUUCUACCUAUUCCUGCUCCCCCUCUGCCUCCUCCUGGGGCAGGAAUUCCCCCACCUCCACCACCUCCUUUCCUCCCUGGAUCAAAUCCUCCACUCUCCCCACAAGUUGGGACCAGCACUUUACCAACGCCACAAGUUUGUGGAUUUCUUCCUCCUCCAUUGCCAAGUGGGUUGUUUGGACUAGGGAUGAAUCAGGACAGAGGGAGUAGGAAGCAGCCAAUAGAGCCCUGUCGGCCAAUGAAGCCUCUUUAUUGGACAAGAAUUCAACUUCAUAGUAAAAGAGACUCCAGUCCUUCACUUAUUUGGGAAAAAAUUGAAGAGCCAUCCAUAGAUUGCCAUGAAUUUGAGGAAUUAUUUUCCAAAACUGCUGUAAAGGAGAGAAAGAAACCUAUUUCUGACACCAUCUCAAAGACGAAGGCCAAACAAGUUGUCAAGUUAUUAAGCAACAAAAGAUCCCAAGCAGUUGGAAUACUAAUGUCUAGUCUUCAUUUAGAUAUGAAAGACAUACAGCAUGCUGUUGUGAACUUGGACAAUUCUGUGGUUGACUUGGAGACCCUUCAAGCUCUCUAUGAGAAUAGAGCACAGUCAGAUGAACUGGAAAAAAUUGAAAAGCACGGCCGGUCCUCCAAAGACAAGGAAAAUGCCAAGUCUCUGGACAAACCUGAACAGUUCCUUUAUGAACUGUCACUAAUCCCCAACUUUUCAGAGCGAGUCUUUUGCAUCUUGUUCCAGUCCACGUUUUCAGAAAGCAUUUGCUCAACCCGUCGCAAACUGGAAUUGCUACAGAAACUGUGUGAGACAUUAAAAAAUGGCCCAGGGGUUAUGCAGGUUCUGGGUUUGGUCCUUGCAUUUGGCAAUUACAUGAAUGGUGGAAAUAAGACUCGGGGACAGGCGGAUGGCUUUGGAUUAGACAUUCUCCCCAAGCUGAAAGACGUCAAAAGCAGUGACAACAGCAGAAGCCUUUUGUCAUAUAUCGUUUCAUAUUAUCUUCGAAAUUUUGAUGAGGAUGCUGGAAAAGAACAGUGUGUCUUUCCACUGCCAGAACCUCAGGACCUUUUUCAGGCCUCACAGAUGAAGUUUGAAGAUUUUCAAAAAGAUCUCAGAAAACUAAAGAAAGACCUGAAAGCCUGUGAGACUGAAGCUGGGAAAGUGUACCAGGUCUCUUCCAAAGAGCAUAUGCAGCCUUUCAAGGAAAACAUGGAGCGAUUUAUUACUCAAGCUAAAAUUGACCAGGAAGCAGAGGAAACUUCACUGACAGAGACCUAUAAAUGCUUUUUGGAGACUACAGCCUAUUUCUUCAUGAAACCAAAAAUUGGAGAGAAGGAGGUGUCCCCAAAUGUUUUCUUCAGUAUCUGGCAUGAAUUCAGCUCUGACUUUAAAGACUUUUGGAAGAAAGAGAAUAAACUUAUCCUACAAGAGAGAGUAAAAGAAGCUGAAGAAGUGUGUAGGCAGAAAAAAGGAAAAUCGCUUUAUAAAAUAAAGCCAAGGCAUGACUCUGGAAUUAAAGCAAAGAUAAGCAUGAAAACCUGAACCAGGAACAGAAGGAUGAAAAUGAGGAACAACUUCCACAAAAUUCAACUGACCUGAGGGGAGGGAGGGAAACUACAUCAUCCUGAUGGUUUUCCCUCUUAGCCUCCUGCAUAACCUUUGUGUUUUCUAGACAGUUCACCAAUUGUUGAAUUAGUGUCUAUUGAUCGGUGGAGACCAGUGGAGAAUUACAGACCUUUUCUUUUUGUAAUUGUUUAUGGCAUCACAUUGAUAGCCCCAAACAGCGUGUGCAAGCCCCAGGGUCUGCACUGGCUCUGCGCAUGCUCCGUGUCAGCCUCUAGUAUCUCUGUGAGACUUCUCACUGCGGAAACACUGCUCUGUACUGUUAGCCAACACUCCACGUCACUGCAUCCAGAUUCAUGGAGAAGUCGUAGUUUCAGUGAAUUGUUUGUAUCUGUUUCAUGUCUACCUUAUAAAUUUUCUAUUUUAAAAAUCUAAGUACCAUUUAUAUAUCAUAAUCAGUGCUUUCCCAACUCUUGGGUUGCUCUCCAUAGCUAUAUAUUUGUGAAAGAAGAUUAUCAUUUUUUAACUCAAGUCAGAUAAUGAAUAGAAAAACACAUAGCAAAAGAAGAAAUAGUUUCCUAUAAGUUAUUUAAUAUAGACAGAAUCAGAGGUUUAAGUUUAAUGAGAGCCUAUAAAAAGCUUAUUGCCACAGAGGUGAAUUAAAUCAAAGGUAUGUCUCUCCUUAUCUUUUACUUUACACUUUGCAAGGAAAUUGUCACUCGGUAGUUUGAAAGAAUUUAAAUAAAUGAUGCUGAUACAAUUGCCAAACAUGACUUUCAUUUAAAAAAAAAAAAACAAGAAAAACUGGGGUACUCACUGGAUCCAUGUAGAACCUAUUACGGAAAAACACUUCCUUGUUUAUUUUGACAUGAUUGAGGUUAUCAUGAUGAGUUACAGCAGGUGAUUAAAGCUAGAAAGUGGGAAUGUAAUGAUUCAUUACCAAAAGAAGUCAAGAUAGGAUUUUAUUUUACUUUGAGGAAAAAUACAUGAAUCUUCCACUCAUUCUGAGAGUAUUUUAAAAUCAGCUCAUGAUACAUUUUGAUGUUUAUUUCUAACAUUAAUAGUUGCUUUUAUUAUUAUUUCUAUUAAUGAUAUCAGUUGAGAGUUAUGGUUGUAGAAAAAGGGGAAAAUCGAUUGCUUUUGCAAACCAAUUAUGGAAAGCGAUUUUUAAACGGUAAAACAAUGUUCUAAAUCAUAACUAUGUUUGUAUUUAUGUAAAGUAUGGUAUCUUACCUUUCAGUUUGUAAUUUAAGUGCACAGAAACAGUAGUGGUUUUCUUCUGUUUUGUAGUUUUCCUGUCCCCUCAGUCCCAUCAAUGUGUAUAUUACCAUUCCUCAAUGAAGUAAUAGGGCAUUUAACAAAAAUCGCUCUGUGCAAUACUGUAUGUAGUGUUUCUAU